AUAACUACAACAAUAAAGAUCACAUGGUCAUAACUAACGAGUUUAUUUGUAAUUUUCAAAAACAUUGCCGAGCUGGUUGCAGACGAAUUUUUCUAGUAGCCUCAUUCUGAGGUUGCCAUCAACAAGCAACAUGGCGUCGAAAGGCAAAGGAGAUCCGAAUUUGGAUGAAUUCUUAAGCAAAGUUGAUCAAAUUGAAUCCAUUGUUAAGACCCUGAAGUAUGGAGACGACACUCAGGUCAAGACAGCGAUGCAGGAGGCUGAUCACAUGCUGGCACACGCCAAAUCAAACAAGGGCCAUUUUCCUGAAGACUUCGGACCUGUCGAACCUGGGGACGAGGACCUUCCCAAAACAAAGACUGGCUUCAGUAAGACAAUGAUCAAUUCAGCCCCAACUCCAGACAAACCGGGUGAUGAUGAUCCACAGUACGACAACGCAAGCCAAGAUUCCUUCAUGGUUUCUAUGGAAGCAGAUGCACAUGAGAGAGCAGAAAGACGGAAAAAAAGACAGAAGGAAGCAAACAUCAUAAAGGAGAAAGGAAAUGAGGAGUUCAGACAAGGGAACUAUGAGAAAGCAUUGGAGUUCUAUUCAGAGGCUUUACAGAAAGUAAAAGACAACACAGUGUUAUACACGAACAGAGCCCAGACUCUCAUCAAACUUCACAGGUACGAUGAGGCACUCACCGACUGUGAAUGGGCGCUCAGGGUGUUUCCCAACUGUAUAAAGGCCCAUAUCCACAUGGGUCGGGCACACAUGGGUCUGGGACAGUAUGGGAAGGCUAGAGAGAGUCUCCAUAAGGCGCAGGAAUGUGACCCCAAACGGGAGGCAGCUAUCAAAGAGUACCUGUCAGAAGUUGAUCGACUGGAACUGAAGGAGGAGCAGGAAUCUAAAGCCAAGCAGUUGUUUGAUUCUGGAGAUGAGAGUGCACAAACUGUGGUACAAUUACUGGAAAAAGUCUGUAAGCCGGACCAGCUACCUCUGUACUAUAGUGGGGGCUUCACGCUGAUCUGUAGCAGACUCCAGUCAAUGGAAGAUAAGACUUUAUUCAGGACAAAUGGUGGUAUUGAUCUGUUCUCCACACAUUCUUGUUUCUCACGAUGUAUAGCCUCCUCACCUAGAAGUUUGUCCCAGGAACAACUCACGAUGCUCACUUCAGGAAUAGAGAUGUUAGCCAUGGCAUGUACAGAAAAUGAGUCCAACCAACAGCAUUUAUUAGGAUUAAACAAUCUCUCUGAACACAUUCUUCAGUUUAUGGAAGUCAAGAUCAAAGGUCAAGGUCGACUGAUGAAAUCGGCUUGUGUAACAUUAUUACAUCGACUAACUUUGUCAGAAUCAGGAAGAACAACAGUGAUUCGUGUGUUCAAUCUGACACGAGUAAUUACGGUACUGUUUGAGCUCAUUAGAACCAACAUCACAAUAGCCAUUACAGCUGGUAGUGUCCUCAACAACCUGGCACUGGAUAAAAUGUUUAAAGCCAAAUUAAAAGACAAAAUUGAUGUAGAUGUCCUGCCUGCCUUUGAAUCACUAUUGAAAGACGGAUGUUCUGGCCAAGCUUGUGUUCUUCCGACAUGUGUGACGACAAUGAUGAACCUGGCGACCGACACGGUUAUACGGGACAAACUGUGUGCGCGUCAGGACCUUUGGAAGGCAGUACUGGACCUUAUGACACAACACAAAGAGCGUUUGGACCAGCCAAUCAGUGUGGAGCUUGUGGAGUCGUUACUAGGCCUCCUGUCUAACCUGACCUUCACAGUGUCCCAACACCACAAGGAACAAGCUGUCACCAUCUGUAAACAGUGCCUCGAGUUCUGUACAAAGUUCAAACACUACAAACUGAUCGUAUCGCGCAGCUUAGGUGUACUCAGUCACAUACUUCCCAAUUCAAUACCGUCUGUGGACUGGCUCUGUACGGAGAACGGUGCAGAAGUCCUGAUGUACCAUGUGAAGAGUGAAGAUGAUGCUGAGAACAGAAAACAUGCCUUAAAGGGCUUGACAGCCUGCACUCAAAUUAAUGAACUGGCACGCAUAUUUGUUGUAGAUCACAAAGGACUCGGGACACUUAUUCGACUACUGAAGGCGGACGACGAGAUUCUGAUCGGUAACUCAGCACUAAGUCUGGGUCACUGUACACAGGUACCCAAGGUGUGUGCAGCUCUAACUAAAACAGGCAUUAUCAAGGACUUGUUAGUACUAGCACGAGACGGCAAGCGCCCAGCUGUACAACAGAACUGUGCCAUCCUCAUCGCUAAGCUUGCUCAGGGAGACUCCAGACACUUAGAGAGGUUACGAGAGCUGCAUGGUGUUGAUAUACUUCACACAUGUAUGAAACACCUGAAGUGAUCAUUGCUGUCCUCUAACUACAUCACAUUACCCCCACAUAAUCAGUCAGUACACGCCUGUCACCACCUAGUGUUCCUCAGUACCCCUGUCUGGGAUAUUGUUUAAUGGGAUACCUCUGGCUUGGACAUCGUUGACGGGGAUACCCCUGUCUGGGAUAUUGUUUACUGGGAUACCCCUGUCUGGGAUCAUUGACUGGGAUACCCUUGUCUGGGAUAUUGUUUACUGGGAUACCCUUGUCUGGGAUGUUGUUGUCUGGGAUACCGAAGAGUUGCGAAGACUAAUUAUCCCUGUCUGAGACAUCAUUGAAUGCAGCACCCAUGUCUGAGACAUCAUUGACUGGGAUACCCCUGUCUGGGAUAUUGUCGACUGGGAUACUGUUCACUGAGAAACCUCUGUCUGAAAUACCAUUGACUGGAAUCUUUCUUUGACUCAGAUACUCCUGCCAAGGAUUCUGUUUAUUGGGAAACAGUGUCUUGGGAUACAGUUGAAUGGAUACUCCAGCCUUGGAAUGUGUUAACUUUGGUACCCCUGAUUGAGAUACCAUUGACAGGGAUACCCCUUAUUGGGAUACCAUUGAUGGGAUUCUGUUGACAGGAAUACCCCUGAUUGGGAUACCAUUGAUGGGAUUCUGUUGACAGGGAUACCCCUGAUUGGGAUACCAUUGAUUGAAUUCUGUUCACAGGGAUACCCCUGAUUUGGAUUCUGUUGAUGGGAUACCCCUGAUUGGGAUACCAUUGAUUGAAUUCUGUUGACAGAGAUACCCCUGAUAUGGAUUCUGUUGACAAAGAUACCCUUGAUUGGGAUACCAUUGAUGGGAUUCCGUUGACAGGGAUACCCCUGAUUGGGAUACCAUUGAUGGGAUUCUGAUGACAGGGAUACUGUUGAUGAUAUUCUAUUGACAGGGAUACCAUUGAUGAUAUUCUAUUGACAGGGAUACCCCUGUUUGGGAUACCAUUGAUGGGAUUCUGUUGACAGGGAUUCCCCUGAUUGGGAUACCAUUGAUGGGAUUCUGUUGACAGGGAUACCCUUGAUUGGGAUACCAUUGAUGGGAUUCUGUUGACAGGGAUACCCCUGAUUGGGAUACCAUUGAUGGGAUUCUGUUGACAGGGAUACCAUUGAUGGGAUUCUGUUGACAGGGAUACCAUUGACAGGGAUACCCCUGAUUGGGAUACCCUGACUUUGAUACAUUUGACUGAUAUUUACUUAAAACAUCCCAGGAUCGUGAAAUACCAUUUGUCUGUGUGUUCUUUGUGUGAUAUAUGUACAGAUAUAUAUUUUUGUAAGGUGAUACAAUUGAUACACAUAUCUCUAUUCAGAUUAGAAGUGUGUUGAUUUCUUUAUCACAAAAACACAAACAUUUUAAAUUAUUAAAGUUGAUAGCUUGACUUGCAGUAUUAUCAAUUAAGAAAGCUAAAACUUUGACAGAAUUUUGAUUCAUUAAAUGUAUGGAUGUGGACAGAAUGUGUUAUACAUUUAAGUGACAAUUUGCUCAAUGACUACUGUAUCAGACUUCUUUCUUGUGAAAAUUCCGAUUUGAUGAGUUAUUUUCUUAAGCACUGUUCUAAAUUGUGCAGCUUCUAUUCUUUACUUUUAUAAGAUUUUUGCAAAGUGAUUUGUUUUCAUAUUUAUGAAAAAGUGUUUUUUGGCAAUACAUAGAUUUCUGUAUAUUUAUAUAAUGAUGUCCCCAAUGAGAUUGGUGAAGCACUGUUAACUCUUUAAAAGUUUGAUUGUUUAUAACUUUACCCUAUGUAGUGAAUCAGCAAGAUAUCGUGGUGGUUUUGACAGCAUACAAUCAUCGAACAUACUGCAUAAAAUGAUAACAUAUUAGCAUAUAAUCCUGUCUAAACCAAACACCACUGUGAUCUAGAUUUCCAUUCAUGUAAGACAAAUGUUUUGAUUACAAAAGUCCAUCUACUUAAGCUUUAAACUGCAUUCAGAUGCAGUUCUUCAGCAAUAUGAUUGUCCACUGUGUUACAGGAAAGUAAAAUGAACUGCAUGCUAGAUGUUUUCUUUUCCUGUAAUGCAAUGGGCAUUCAUAAUGCCUAUGAAUUGCAUCUUAAAGCAGUUUAUUACUUAAUAUUAUACUAACAUUUUCUUGUCUUUCUGUCUUAAAAAAAAAUUAAUCAAAAUGACAUUAAGCAUUACAAAAAAUCCCCACAAGAUCGACUGGAAUGUCGAAAUGAUAGAACAGCCAAAAGAUAGACUGGAAUGUCGAAAUGAUAGAACAGCCAAAAGAUCGACCGGAAUGUCUAAAUGAUAGAACAGCCAAAAGAUCGACUGGAAUGUCUAAAUGAUAGAACAGCCAAAAGAUCGACUGGAUUGUCUAAAUGAUAGAACAUGUACACCCUGUGACACAUUUUUUUCACAUAUAGUCCAAGGACACAAACAACAAGUGGAAAAGCUUUUUUUAUCAAUGUGUUCUAAUUUUAUUGUGACAAUCAUAAAAUAAUGUUAUGAUAAUAAUUGAUAUUGAAGAAGUAUUAAGAAAGGAACUAAGAGUAGACAGGGUAUUGUUGGUCAGCUUAAUCAAUUCAGACUGGUAAUUACUACAGUAUGUCUGUUGUAUACACAGAUUUAUCCUGUUAGCAUUAGUUGAUGGUUAAGAGGAGGCUGACAUUAGGGAGAAAAAACGACUUCAACUGUCUUCCUGCAUAUGUCACUGAAGUGUCUAACUACAAUAUGGAGUGUCUCCCGCAUGUGUCUUGUUACAAGUCACUGGCGUGUCGUCUACAUGUGUCUUGUUACAAGUCACUGGAGUGUCUUUUACAUGUGUCUUGUUACAAGUCACUGGAGUGUCUUCUACAUGUGUCUUGUUACAAGUUACUGAAGUGUUUCACUGCAACUGUCAAGUUACAAGUCACUUGAUUAUUUCUUGUGUGUAUCUUUAAUUUUUCUUUAUAAGUGUCACUGAAGUGUCUCAUUACAUGUGUCACUGAAGUGUCUUACUACAUGUGUCACUGAAGUGUCUCGUUACAUGUGUCACUGAAGUGUCUUAUUACAUGUGUCACUGAAGUGUCUCAUUAGAUGUGUCACUGAAGUGUCUCAUUAGAUGUGUCACUGAAGUGUCUCAUUAGAUGUGUCACUGAAGUGUCUCAUUAGAUGUGUCACUGAAGUGUCUCAUUAGAUGUGUCACUGAAGUGUCUCAUUUCAUGUGUCACUGAAGUGUCUCGUUACAUGUGUCACUGAAGUGUCUUACUACAUGUGUCACUAAAGUGUCUCAUUACAUAUGUCAGUGAAGUGUCUCAUUACAUGUGCCACUGAAGUGUUUCAUUACAUGUGUUACUGAAGUGUCUCAUUACAUGUGUCUCUGAAGUGUCUCAUUACAUGUGUGACUGAAGUGUCUCAUUACAUGUGCCACUGAAGUGUUUCAUUACA